AUGGAUUCUUCAACCCAUCGAGUACAAGUCACCAAAGCGAGGACAAUUCGUGAUGGCCGACCUUUCGGAGUGCUAAGUGUGGGAGUUGGAAUGGUUGUCGUCAUCUAUUCGUUUGCUGGAUUCUUCGGAUUUCUGGCAUAUGGAAAUGACGUUCAAGAUUCGAUUACUUUGAAUCUACCAAACGAUCAUUUGGGAAUAUUCGUGAAAGCUGUUCUUCUGUUCGUUGUAUACUCUGGUUUCUUGAUUCAAGUUUUCCCAAUUGUUGCAAUGAUUUGGCCAGCAAUCAAAAAGAAGCUUCGCAAUUCGUGUGGAGUCUCAACAACGACCAAACGAAUUGUUCAUUUUGCAUUCAGAUAUUCAAUUGUUGUGGUUGUAUUCCUUCUAUCGUACGCAAUUCCCCGUCUAUCUGAUAUGGUUCCACUAGUUGGAGUAACAGCUGGAAUGCUUCUUGCACUCGUCUUCCCAUCACUCUUCCAUCUUCUAAUUUUCCUUCCACAAUUUGAAUGUCGUGUUGGUUUCAUUUUGGACAUUUUCCUUGAUAUUGUUUGUAUCGUCAUUGGAAUGUUCUUCGUCAUCUAUGGUUUCAUCACAAACGUUCAGCAUCUGAUGCAUUGA